CAAUGCGCGGAGAUUUAAAAUAUGUAAACAAAACAAACACCACGUUUUGUUGCACGGUCUAUAAACUCAUAAAGGAUCUUGGAUCUUGAAUUAUUUCAAAUUUAAAUCAAUUUCGUAGCGAGACGUUGACUUUUCCCUAACAUCUAUUGACUCCUGUUUCUUCUAAUUAUGACUACAAUAAAAAGUGGUCAGUGGGUUGCUCUGCAACGGGAGAACUACGUCAAGGUUGCCCUUGUCAAAGAAAAAUCAAACACGGCACUUGGACGAGAUAUCGUCGAGUUGGGAAAUUUGAUGGAUCGGCCGGUCUGGAGUUUCUUCUCCAUGGAGGACGCAGGGAAGAGCAAGAAGGACCGACGGUACCAGCUCACGGAGUGCUCUGCUGAGGAGUACGAAGAAAGUUUGGUCGAGGCUCUCGUCGACGACAAAGACUCGGACACCAAGGACAAUCGUUUUAUCAAGGACGACGGACAAAGCCAGAAACUGUCCAAAGAGGAAAUUGAAGAAAUGCGGGCUGAUGGUGUUUCGGCUAAGGACAUUGUCGGCCAGCUUGUCGUCAACAGUGCAACUUUUGAGCAAAAGACGGUUUUUGCACAAGAAAAGUAUAUUUCCAAAAAGCAGAGGAAGUAUAAAAAGUAUGUUCUGGUUCGCCCGACGUCCAUUCGACUGGUCCUGCAGGCCCUUCGAACUCUCUCAAAUCAAGAUCCGACGCCAAAGUUGCUUGGUUUAAGGCUGGAUUCCUUGUCACAAAUUGUUUCCCUCAGUGGAAUCCAAGCAAACAGCGCCUCUAGCACUUUUAUCCUUUUUGAUUCGGGGACGCAGGGAAUGGCAACAAGUGCGAUGAUUGACCACCUGUCAAAAGAAUCCAAUUCCCACCUGAUUGUACUGAGCUGUGCCAGGGGUUCGAGCAAAACCAUUGCCAUCCAAGCUAUGAACUUUCCUUCAGAAGUUCUUUCCAAAGUUCACUAUUUCGGACUGGCCGACUUUUUGAAGGCAGCAGCUCAGUUUGGUCUUGUCCCUUCAAAGGAAGGCAAAAUGGAAAUCAAAGAGGAGGAGCCGCAAGCGAAGAAGGCAAAUUCCAAUCUAGAGGCUGAAAUUUCCUUGGUGAUGGAUCAGUUGCAAACGGAAAAAGCAGCUGCUCUCGUCAUCGUGGCCAAAGAGGACCCUGUGGCGCUCUGUGAUCACCUGUUGCCUCUGGUGGCGCUGUCGAGACCAGUGGUCAUUUACUCGCAAUUCAAGGAACCUCUCCAAGAAGCCUACAUGAAGUUGAAGGCGCAGAAAAAUGUGACCGCCUUGAAACUGAAAGAACCGUGGCUGAGGAAAUACCAGACUCUGCCUGAACGGACGCAUCCGGAGGUGCUGAUGAGUGGCUCUGGAGGAUUCAUUUUGCACGGUUUGACAGUGGAAAGUGACUAGGAUAUUUUUUGUAUUAAAAUAAGAUUUAAUUUCAAUGGUACGGCAAUUUUUAUUGCACUUUUAGAAGCUUACCACACACUCUUUACAAUUAACAUAAUAACGACAUAACAAUUAUUGUGUUUUGUUUUCCGUGCCAACGAUAACAUUAAAAUCUCUGCCUUGACAAAGGUUUUGGGACCCUCAAAAAUUUCUUAAAAUAUUGUUUUCAAUGACGAAAUAAUGAAACUAUGUUUAAAAGGCCCAAAAUGUGGUCAGUCAGUUCCAUAGAGGUACCAUUAUUUUCUAGUUUAUUAUGACUACACCAACGUACAAAAAGCGCAAUAUUAUAAUUUAUCAUCGCAAGGAAGUUCAAACAUUACCGAGAAUGACAACAUUGGAAACAGGAAGACAUUGAGGCGCUGAUUAUUUUGCUGUGCGUCACAGUAAUUGAUACAUAAUUUUAAACCUAUCGAUUUAAAAUUUUCAACAAUUUUCCAAAAGUUUUAUUAAUUCACACAAAAUUCUUGUGCCGGAAUGAGACCUGCUCUUUACUGCCUUGAAAAUUUAGUCUUUUUCCUAAAAAUCCAAAAUUUUAUAGCAAACUCUUCAAAAUUGGAAUUGGCAUUUUUCAAAGUUAAAUAUUUAAAAAAGCCUCCAACAGCAAUAUAAGUCUGUGAGAAUAAGUCAGCCCCUGCCCGCCUGUAGAUUUUAUUGAUAAGAUUUUCCUGUUAUUUUGCAGAUUUAAGGUCUAACAAUUAACGUGGAUCACAUAUAUAAUAUUCUAAACAGCUUUUUCCGCUUGUCUUCUACAUUUCUAUCAACAGUAACAUGUCUUUAACACACUUUUGUCAUUUUAAUUUGAUCUCUUUUCUGUCCUGUAGUUUAUAGAGAUCAUUAUUCAGAGUUUGGCCAAUUUGCCACUCAAAGCGCUUAACCAUACAAUUAUGAACAAGAGAAAACGCAUUUUUCAAAACACUAAGAAGAUUUUCAUAAAUCAAGUGUUAAAAAAACUCACUUAUAAUUCAAGCCAAAGAAAUACAAUUACUAAUAAAUACUUGAUAGUUUGAAAUAUGUUUCUAAAAACAACAGUUUGUAAAUGAACACUACAAAUAUCACAACAAAAAUUGACACAUGCUGUACAAAAGAUGCAAGUAACGUCAAUUUUUUAAUCUAACCUGUGACUCAUCCCUUGUCUUGACUAAACUUUUUGAGAGAUCUAAAUUACAACAGUGCUAAGUUUUCCAAUAUUUUAUCAAUCGUACUUUAAAUCCUUGGUAUUACCAUAAUCGGAGAUUUUUGACAUCAUCGUUAAGAAAGAUCAAUCAAAUAACUUAAAAAAAUUACCCAAUAGUGAAAAGUUUUGACCGCAAAUCAUCAAACCAGUAUAAGAAGCUAUUGUUGACGCUAGCUUGACUAUCUGGAAAAAAGUCUUUUAACACUUUCAGGCUUCCUUUAGUUAUUGCUUUUAAUUUUUUUCCCUAAAAUUUUAAUAGUUUUUUUUUUUAAUGUAUCUGUUGAACAAGGUGGCAUUAUAAACAAAAUAAAUGUAUUUUAGAUUUUAUUUAAAAAAAAUCUAAAUAAUGAAGUUAAUUUUAAAUACUUUCU